AUGGCCAAUGCUGCCGCUGCUCGGCGCGGAAGCUCAUCUAUGAUGGCCACGGUGGCAACGCCUGGAGCUGCAUCGGUCAAGCGUCUCACAUCCCCGGAAGAGGAGCUGCUGAAGAACACCGACGUGUUUAUAUUCGAUUGUGAUGGCGUGAUAUGGCGAGGAGACUCGUUGAUCGACAAAGUGCCAUCUGUGCUGGAGAAAUUGCGAGCGAUGGGAAAGCGGAUGUUUUUUGUCACCAACAACUCAACUAAAAGCCGUAAAGGCUACAAGAGUAAAUUUUCGUCUCUUGGGCUGGAUGUGCAGGACGAAGAAAUUUUUUCCUCCUCUUUUGCGGCUGCUGCAUACCUGGAGCAGAAGAAUUUUAAGGCAACUGGCAAGAAAGUCUACGUUAUUGGAGAGGUAGGGAUCGGGGAAGAAUUGGACCUCAUCGGUGUUCCGCACAUUGGCGGUCCGGCAGAUAAAGGUAAAACGAUCGAAUUGACGCCGGGGUAUGCCCUGGAGAUCGAUCACGAUGUGGGUGCCGUGGUCGUGGGCUUUGAUCGUCACUUUAACUACCAUAAAAUCCAGUACGCUCAAUUGGCCAUCAAUGAAAACGGCGCGGAAUUCAUCGCAACGAACAUGGACGCCGUCACGCACUUGACUGACGCCCAGGAAUGGGCGGGCGCAGGAUCGAUGGUGGGAUGCAUCAAAGGAUGCACAGGAAAGGAGCCGACCCUCGUAGGGAAGCCGAGCCCGUUGAUGAUCGACUACAUCGUCUAUAAAUAUAAGAUUCCCAAGGACAAGAUCUGCAUGGUUGGUGACCGACUGGACACGGACAUUUUGUUUGGGAAGGACAACGGAUUGAAGACGGUCCUGACGCUGAGUGGGGUCACCUCUGAGGAGAAAUUGUUGGGCGCGGCCAACAAGAUCCAUCCCGACUUCUUCGUCUCUUCGAUCGCCGACUUUUUCCCUUAG